GUAAGGAGUGAGUUGGGAAGGGGAGGGAGAAGGAUAUUACAGCUUUAAAGCAGACCCGCAGUAAUGGCGGGUUGUGUAGGAGUCCAAGCGAUUAAAGAGGUGUUCAAGGACAUUAGUGCAUUUGUGCCAAGGGGAAUGUCUUUCAUGGUAAAUUAACUCCAGUUAAAUUGCAUAUUUAUUCAAAGGGAAACUCCAGUAUUUAAAGCUGGCGUUAUCAGCUUUUUGCAGCGUCUGGAACUAGAUGAUAGGAUUUGGUGUAGUCUGUGCAAGAUACGAAAUGAAACGUGUUCACUACGGUUAACCCCGAGUUUGCCUCAUCACUUCUGGCAUAAGUGCGCGCUGUAAACUUGCUUGUCACUUUUAAAUACGGCCCUUACAAGGAAGAAGACAUGACUUGUUCUUGACUUCUUGUACAUGACUGAUGCUUUGAGCACACCCUGAAAGUGCAGCUAGCCACCAGAACGCACGUAGAUAGGUUUCUUUGAAGGGUUAAUGUGUUGGGCUCUCGCUGUUUCCUUUGACAUUACCUGUCUUGUACGAGCCCCCCCCCCUUUUCCCCCUUCCUUUGGCUUGUAAAUUUAUGGGAAUUGCAGCUGGUAGACUUGGCAAGCUCUCCUCAUUAAGAGCCCUCUUUGAAAAUGGGCUGUGUUUGAGCAUUUCCCUAAUGAGGACAGGACGGGGUUAAAAAGUGACCAUUUCAUGGUUGACUUGAACCUGCCUACUUUUCUUGAUGUGCCGUUGUGAAUAACUGACGUGAAUAACUCCCCACUUUGGGAAAGGAAAAGUCACUGGUCCCUUCAGGACAAUUUAGACUAGAGAGGCUCUCGAUGCCGAAACACAGUGAAGGUUUAAACUUCAGGCUGCUGCAGGAGCUGGCACUGAUCAGGCGCUUCGUCAGCUUCUCGUUCCCCUUUGUGUCACCACCAGCAGCAGCACCAGCGCGCAUGGGGUGGGUGCCCCCCCCCCGCGAUCUGCAGUGCAUCACACCGCCCUCCCUACAGGAGGAGAAAUAAGUUUCAUUCACUACAUUCCUGGCGCAAGAAACUCGUCCUCGGGCUUCAGCUUCCUAGUAAAGCUGGUUUGGAAGAUUGAAACCAGACUUUGCUACCGCGGGCCCCAUCCUCCAGAUUGUUUGAUGCCCUUCCGAGUUGCUGCUUGCACCCCACUGGGCACGCCAGGGGAGAAAGCCGGGCGGGGGGAAGCUGGCCUGACCAUCGCAUAGCCUGUAAGGGAAGGAGCCUGCCCCGCAGACUAGCCCGGUCCCCGAGGGCGUGUGCUGCUCAGGCUGCGACGGCAAGGCGGAGGGAUGGGGGGCCACGUGUAAGGGGCUCCCUGGCAGGGAGGCAAAAAAGCAGCCCAGAGCAGGAGGCCCCAUUGCACGGUGAGCGAAAGCCUAGCAGCCCCUCGGGUUCGAAGUGCGCCGGGCAAUAACACUGAGAAACCCAACCAGAGAGAGGGCUGCAGGCUGCACAUGCUGGGCGUGCAAAGAAAAAGCAACCCCCGCCUUCCACCCGCCGCUCUUGGUGGCGUUGAAUGAGUGGCGAUGUGGCGAAGUUUCACGCUUUUCGCUUCCCGCCCAGGCCCCCGCCUCCCCUCGCGCAGCGGCUCCUCCCGGGCUGGUAGGGCAGAGGCCGGAGCAGAGCGCCCAGCCCCAGCAGCCCCAGCCCCAGCAGCCCCAGCCCCUUGCUCUCUCCCUGUGAGGGAAUUUUCCACUGGGCACUUCCCAGGACAAGCCGAGGGAAGUGGGUUUAUAACUGCCAAUGCUCUGGAAUAGCUGCUGCAAUAAUCGCGGUUCCAACUCCCCCCCUCCCCGCCGUCCCCCCAAAACCUUUCCCCAGAAGGGAGGGGAAAGUUAGGCAUGUUUGUAAAAUGUGCUGGAUUCUUCUACAGUGGUAGAUGAUUGAUGAAGAGGGGGGCGGGACGGGGGGGGGGGAAGAUCUGGUGGAAAAAAGGAAUGUUUGCAGGAGGAGGAGUGUACGCGAUGAUUGUGUAAUUAAAUAAUUAAAACCAAUCCUCAAGUCUCAUUUGGGGCAGCGAACUGGAAGGGGGUCCCCAGGGUGUAACCGAUGGAUUUUCCAACUUCCAAGUUUUGCAGCAAGCGAGAGAGGGAGCAAAUGGGGAGGGAGAGAGGGAGAGAUUUAUCGUUUUGAAUUUUCAAGAGAUCAUUUUUAUUAUCGUGGGCGUUUGGAAAGCAGCCUCUUAACAUUGCCCACAUUAGAGAGAGAGCGAGGGAGGGAGUGGAUAGGCAGAGAGAGGCACAGGCUGCUGCGAGAGAAGCCCGGAGAUUGCGCGCUGCGAAGCAUUUCCCAGCCUUGGGGGACUCACACUCUCACUCUCUCUCUCACAUACGCACAUGGUCUCUUCCUUGCAAAGUUUCGCCUGCGAUUACUCCGGGACUUUCCUGCUCCGCUCCGGGCUGUAACCUUGAACUUUGGUGGCGUGGUGACAGUACAACCACCGCCGCCGCCGCCACCAACAUCUUAAAAAAGCAAACAACAAAACCCUCCCGUCCACCUCCCCCACCCCUGAAAAAACCCUGCAUCCGAAAACCAGCCGCAGAAGCAGCAAAAGCGCCGCCGACAACAAGAGGGUUAAAAGUGUAGAUUGGAUUUCACCCCGGGAAAUCUAGCACACGGAGUGAACUUGAAUCUUUGGCUAUUUAAGGAGGACUGGGGUUUGCUGUGAAGUUGUGGUGAUCCGGGGCAGAAUCCCGUCCUGAUUGAUUUCAUCUUCCUUGAGUUCUCAGAUGUCUAAAAUGAAUAGAUGAAAUUAUUCCCUUUUGAGGCUUUUCUUAGGGGCUCUCCGGGAAGUGUGUUCUCAAAGCGAAGUCAUGAUGUAUUCUCCCAUCUGUCUCACUCAGGAUGAAUUUCACCCGUUCAUUGAGGCACUUCUACCACAUGUCCGUGCAAUCGCCUAUACUUGGUUCAAUCUUCAGGCUCGAAAACGCAAGUACUUUAAAAAACAUGAGAAGCGAAUGUCAAAGGAUGAGGAAAGAGCAGUCAAGGAUGAGCUACUUAGUGAAAAGCCUGAAAUUAAACAGAAGUGGGCAUCCAGGCUCCUCGCCAAACUGCGCAAAGAUAUCCGCCAAGAGUACCGGGAGGAUUUUGUGCUCACUGUUACUGGGAAGAAGCACCCAUGCUGUGUAUUGUCCAAUCCUGACCAGAAGGGUAAGAUUAGGAGAAUCGAUUGCCUGCGACAGGCUGACAAAGUCUGGCGUCUGGAUCUAGUCAUGGUGAUCCUGUUCAAAGGCAUCCCCUUGGAAAGUACGGAUGGAGAGCGACUCAUGAAAUCCCCACAUUGCACAAAUCCAGCACUUUGCGUCCAGCCACAUCACAUAACAGUAUCAGUCAAGGAGCUUGAUUUGUUUUUGGCAUACUACGUGCAGGAGCAAGAUUCUGGACAAUCAGGAAGUCCAAGCCACAAUGAUCCUGCCAAGAAUCCACCAGGGUACCUUGAGGAUAGUUUUGUAAAAUCUGGAGUCUUCAAUGUGUCAGAACUUGUGAGAGUGUCCAGAACGCCUAUUACCCAGGGAACUGGAGUUAACUUCCCGAUUGGAGAGCUUCCGAGCCAGCCAUACUACCAUGAUAUGAAUUCGGGUGUAAAUCUACAGAGGUCACUGUCCUCUCCACCAAGCAGCAAGAGACCCAAAACGAUUUCCAUAGAUGAAAAUAUGGAGCCAAGCCCAACCGGAGACUUUUACCCCUCUCCAAAUUCACCAGCUGCUGGGAGUCGGACAUGGCAUGAAAGAGAUCAAGAUAUGUCUUCUCCUACAAUGAAGAAGCCUGAGAAGCCUUUGUUUAGCCCUACAUCUCCUCAGGAUUCUUCACCGAGACUGAGCACUUUUCCCCAGCAUCACCAUCCAGGAAUCCCAGGAGUUGCACACAGUGUCAUCUCAACCAGAACUCCACCCCCACCUUCGCCAUUGCCAUUUCCAGCACAAGCUAUUCUCCCUCCUGCCCCAUCUAGCUACUUCUCUCAUCCAACGAUCAGAUAUCCUCCCCAUCUGAAUCCUCAGGAUACUCUGAAGAACUAUGUACCUUCUUAUGACCCGUCCAGUCCACAGACGAGCCAGCCUAACAGCAGUGGUCAAGUAGUAGGGAAAGUGCCUGGCCAUUUUACUCCAGUUUUGGCACCCUCUCCCCAUCACAGUGCGGUGAGACCUGUGACUCUGACCAUGACAGAUACUAAACCCAUCACUACAUCCACUGAAGGUGAGGCAUCUUCACCUACAGCAACCACCUACACAGCCUCAGGCACAUCCCAAGCCAACCGAUAUGUGGGACUAAGCCCAAGAGACCCAUCCUUCCUACACCAGCAACAGCUGAGGAUUUGUGACUGGACCAUGAAUCAAAACGGCAGGCAUUUAUACCCCAGUGCCAGUGAGGAUACAUUGGGAAUUACUUGGCAAAGUCCUGGUACCUGGGCUAGCUUGGUCCCUUUUCAAGUAUCAAACAGGACGCCAAUCCUGCCGACAAAUGUCCAAAAUUAUGGUUUGAACAUAAUUGGAGAGCCUUUCCUUCAAGCAGAAACAAGCAACUGAGGGAAAAUGAAACAAAACAAAAAUUAAAAAGAAAAAAAGAAAGGAAGACAGGACAAAAAAUGAAACUGAAGAAAGAAGAAAAAUAGACCAGCAAUUGCAGCAUUUACAAUCACUAAUUCCCUUAAGGUUGAAACUGUAAUGACAUAAAAAGGGUCGAUGAUAUUUCAGUGAUGGGUAGAAUGCAGCCCUUGCUAAGUAGCCUUUGUUAUAUGAAGUCCGCUGGGAAAUAGAUGUUCUGUCUCUGACAAUAUAUUUUAACUGACUUUCUAGAUGCCUUAAUAUUUGCAUGAUAAGCUAGUUUUAUUGGUUUAGUAUUCUUGUUGUUUACGCAUGGGAUCACUAUUCCUAGUUAUCUCACAAAACAAAGGCUAGGCGGCAGCAACAGAGCUGCAAGAGGACAAGGGCUGUGAGACAGCCAUUUUCUCAACACGCUGAUUUCUAAAAGUUUAAAAAAAAACUCUAUAGCCUUUAGUUAUCAGUACAGAUUUAUUAAACUUUGGCCCUUAACCCAGCCUUUUCUAGCAUGUUACCUAGUUUGGAAUUUUCAAAGUCAGUAUGAACACAGGCUCUCUGGAAGAAAUGCCUCUCUGUAGGUAAAAGUGUUAUCUCCUCUUGCAACAGUAAAAAAUAAUUUACCUUUUUACCCACUAAAGAAAUACUUACAGAGGCAAGUGCAAUUUAAAAAUUAUAUCUAAAGGGGAACAUCAUUAUAAGUCCUUCAGCCCUUGGACUCUAAAUUGAGGGGAUUAAAAAAAAAGAAUUUAAAAUUACUUUGUGCAAAUUUAUUUUCCCCUCAGUUUUGAGGGCAUUAAAUCAAGACAAAUCAUGUCACUGAGAAGAAGAAAUUAAUGGAAACACAGCACUUAUGUUGGUUUAGCUGCUGCCUCCAUAGAGGGGUGGGAUUUAUUUAUUUAAAGUUACUGGUUGCAUCAAUAACCCAUAGGGUGUAUGUAAAGUUCUAUAAAAUCUGCAUCAUAGAGACGAAGAAAAAGGCAAAUCCAUGUCACAAAGGCAAAGCUUACAGUUUACAGACUGGGAAUAGCGGGGGGGGGUAAAAUAUAUUUAAACAUGCUCACUCAAAAAAAAAGUCUAAUCACAGGGUGCUGAAAACUUGCAUGGUGCUUUCAGAAAUUAGCCUUGUUCAACACAUUUCUCAUAUUGACAGAACAGUAACGUGCAUGGGCAGACACAUUUUGCCUCUAUGUCUCUUAAAACUAAUUAAUUGAUUAAAAAUACUCUUUCCAGUAAUCCUAAUUUGCACGAAGUUAUAAUGUCCACAUUACGUGCCUUGCCUUGAAAUCUU